AGUACCAAAGUACAAAGAAAGAACCAGUUCGUUGGAAACACAAAGGAAGUGCUUGAUAAGUUGGAGAAAUGGGUUCAGAUUCUCAAUACCAGAUUCCGGCAAUAGAAUUCACAAUGAAUUCGCUUGAAGUGGACCGAGGAACUGUUGAGUGGUACCAUCUGUGCAAGAAGGUUCGAGAGGCUUGUGAAAAUUAUGGUUGCUUCGAGAUUGUGUAUGAUAAGAUACUUCCGCAGUCAAAAGCCGAAAUCCUUUCAGCUUCAAGGAAACUUUACAGCCUUCCACUUGAGACAAAGAAGAACAACCUUACCCCAAACCGUUACCAGGGUUACGUUGGACCGAGUGUCACUGCUCCCUUGUAUGAAGGCUUUGGCUUUCAGGAAGCAUCCAACUAUGAAUCGCUUAGAAGCUUCACAAAAGAAAUGUGGUCUCACGACCAGUUUUGCACUGUCCUUUCUAUGAUGAAGCAGCUGGAUGAGCUGAAAGAUAUGAUUCACUUGAUGAUUCUUGAUAGCUAUGGUAUGGAAAAAUCAUCAAAUUUGAUCAUGGCGUCUAAGACGGUGCUACGGUUACAUAAGUACACGGCACCUCCUUCAGGGGAGUACGCGAUGGCUGCCUCGGCUCACACUGGCAAAACUUUUAGCACAAUCCUUUUCGAUGAUCAAGUUUCAGGUCUUGAAGUUCAAACCAAGGACGAACAAUGGGUCAAGUUGCCUAUAUCUCCUUGCUCUUUCAUCUUUGCUGUUGGAGACUUCCUCAUGGCAUGGAGCAGUGGCAGAAUGCAUUCUGUGAAGCAUCGGGUGAUGAUGUGUGGGGAAAAAGAACGACAUUCCUUAAUAGCAUCUGCAUUCCCAAUUGAGGGUUCCGUCAUCAAAGCACAAAAGGAGCUAGUAGAUGAAGAGUACCCACAAAUUCUUAAAGAUUUCGACUGUACAGAAUUUUUCAAGUUCAUCUGUUCAUCGGAAGGAAGAGCCAUUGACUCACAAAUGCAAGUUUACGCAUUUGCUGGAAUUGGAACUUGAUUUGUUAAUAUUAUAAAUAUUGAAAAUUAAGGUUCUUGACUUCUGUAAUGCAGCAUUUUCCUGAUGUGUAGUGUCUGAUUGGAUGA